AUGUCAGAAAUCGUAAAGCCGGCCUUUUCUGGCCGCGACUGUCCUACUAUAUCCUACGGUAUUCCGUUCCCAGAAGCUGCCUCCCGCCAUCUGCGCGAGUCCUUCCAAGCUUCCCGCGUCUACGUCAUUUGCUCACAAACGCUGGCGCGAACAACAAAUGUCAUGGAUCGCCUGUCAGAGGCUUUAGGUGUAACUCUAGUGGGCCAUCGAGCAGGGAUGAAAAGUCAUACACUGUGGUCGGAAGUUUUGCAAAUCACCGAAGAGACCCGGACUCUAGAGGCAGAUGCGAUCCUAACUGUCGGGGCUGGUAGCCUGACCGACGGAGCUAAGAUUGUUGCAUUGGCCCUUGCCAAUGGAAUCAAAACUGCGGAGGAGCUCAGGACCCUUGCAGAGGGACCUGACAAGCGAAGUCACAUCACUGCGCCCCAGAUACCUAUAGUUUCUGUCCCAACGUCCCUUUCAGCCGGCGAGUUCUCUGACUUCGCAGGCGGAACCGAGGACGAUUCCAAGCGCAAGUUCAGCUUCCAGCCACCUACUCGUGGACCUCAGCUUGUGAUAUUUGACUCUGAGUUGGUAAAGACUACCCCAGACUCAAUAUGGCUCAGCACGGGUGUACGGGCGAUUGACCACUGCGUUGAGUCAAUGUGUGCGGUUCAAGGCACAUCCGAAGCUUCGGACAAAUUGGCCAAGCAUGCGCUGGGCUUAUUGGUUUCCGGUCUUUUACGUUGCAAGAAAAGUCGCGAAGACCGCGAUGCAUACUUGCAAUGCCAGCUGGGCUCGAUUGAUGCCAUGGCUGCUUGCACGAGCGGGUCCAUUCAAUUAGGAGCCAGCCAUGGGAUAGGACACCAGCUCGGACCACUAGGUGUCGGUCACGGCGAAACCAGCUGCAUACUACUGCCCGCUGUGUGCAAGUUCAAUGCGAAGUAUAAAGCCAACUGCAAGCAGCAAGAAAACGUACGACUAUUCCUGAUUGAGCAGUCUAUCGUGUCGGAACUUUUACGCACUCGAUCGGUGGAUGUGGAAACCUCAGACCUGGGCGAUAUCCUGGACGUGAUAAUUCGUGAAUUGGGGAUGCCCCGGUCACUGGCCGAUGUCCAUGUGGGCCAGGAUAAACUGAAUGAACUGGCAGCAAAUAGCUUGCAUGAUCGGUGGUGCAAGACAAAUCCGAUUCCUCUCACGAAGCACGGUCAGGUCUUAGAGAUCCUGGAAAUGGUGGUCUGA